CUUUCUCCACGCAGUGGCCGGGCCACAGUAGGUGGACUGCCCAAGGCAAAGUUAGGAUUGAGUCAUACAGUGAUUUCCAUAGAGAAGUCAAUGACACUGAGGUGCAGGGGACCUGACUCUUCCCCUGUGUCCCACUGCACUUUCACCAUUAAUGAGAGAGCUCAGACAGUGAGCGCUCAGUCACUCCAGCUGAUCUGCUCAGUGGGAGACACAGCGCACUCAAUGAGCUGAGCAUGAGAUGUUUCUACAGUCUGGAGGAAAGACCAUCUCCAUUUAGUGACCCCUCUACAGUAACUGUGCUGGAUCUGAAGAAGCCCAGUAUCUCAGUCUCCAUGAAAAACAAUCAGGCACACAUUCACUGUGAAGCCCCACCUGACAUCACUGGAGCACAGUUCUUCCUGUACCUGUGCUCAACAUUGAGUGAAACACUUGUGAACAGCGCCCUGGCUGGAAAGGAAGAGCGAGCAGCCAUUUUCACUGUCCCCCACAGCUCUGACUCCACUCUGAUAUACUACUGCAUUUAUCAGCUUAAGAGGAUCAACUCUAAACUGAGUGACUGUGCUGAAGUUAAGAACAAGGACCAGAGUGGAGGAACAGAGGAUCAAAACUGGCUGAAGACACCAUUGGGUAUUGGAGUAAUUUUCAUCGUGGUGGGGAUUCUUAUGGGAAUGGCUGGUGUCAGUCUGUAUUGGAUACACAAAAAAAGGAAAUCCAACAGGGUGCCCACUACUCCUAACACAGUUCCGUGUGCUACUUUUGAUGUGUCCAAAGGACCAGGAAUCAGCAAUGCCAUUGCUCCUCCUGAAGUGACUUACAGCACUGUCACCCACCUUCCCUCUCCAACCUCUGCCUUUCAGCCCCAGCAGGACAACGUGGUGUACAGCAGUCUGAAGACAGAAUGAGAGAAUUCAUACAAAAAACACAGGAGUCCUUUUAGUCCUUGAGAUGUCUUGACCAACAGAGCAUUGCAAUGCUUAUAUAGAUAUAUACAAUUAAAAUGGAAAUGUUUCAUUUUACAUUCUUUCCAUUUAACAUUUUCAAACUCUACCACCUUUUCAAACUCUACAUUAGUCCUCCCUCCUGAUUUCCCCCGCCCCCCUUUCUGAUAUCCCUAUCCCUUUUGUCUAACAAAAAAAAAAAAAAAAUUGCACUUAUGAUGGGUAGAUGUUUAGAACAGCACCUUUGUAUUUUCCUAGUUAUGGAUGUGAUGCUUUGACUUGUGGAAGAACCUAUGCACUUGUAAGUCGCUUUGGAUUAAAAGCGUCUGCCAAAUGACUAAAAUGUAAAUGUAAAUGUCUUUGACAUUAUCUUGGAAAUAUCAUUGAAUUAUUAAUCUUUUGUUAAUAAGUCCUUUCUUUCUUUCGAUGUUGUUUUGGGAUUGUACCCCCAGAGCAGAGAUCUUACACAGCACAUAUGAAACCAGAUUUACUCACUCAGUUACUUUUCUAUUAUCUAUGUGUACUGUUACUGUUAUGUAAAAUAUUUAAUUAAUUGCACAAUUUAUACUUAUUUUCACUGAUCCUGAAUCCCUUAUGCUAUUUGUUUUACGAGGAACACAUUAAUCAAGAUUUCACAGAUUCCACAUCAAUGUGAAUGUGCCAGAGUAAGCUAAUGAGUUCAUUUUCAUCUGUAGUCCCUAAGCGGCAUGUCUAUGGACUGUGGGAGGAAACCAGAGUACCUGGAGGAAACCCACACAGACACGGGGAGAACAUGCAAACUCCACACAGAAAGGCCUGGGCGGGGCUCAAACCCAGGACCUUCUUGUUGUGAAGCAACAGUGCUACCCACUGUGCCCAAUGUCAUGUCAUGAGUAAUUUAUGUAUAUAUUAUGUAGUGCUUAAUACAGUGCUGUUAUGUUAUGUUUUGUUAUGUUAUGUUAUGUUAAUAUGAUAUACUAUGAGACUCACAUUCAUUUGUAUAGAUGUUGGACCCAGAGAACUUAAAAAAGCAAAAUAUUGUUUAUUCACCUUGAAACCAUGAAUUAUGUCGCAGUUUCUGUUUAUGCCCACUAGAGGCCGCCAGUUCCCAAGCUCUAAUGUAUUUAAUUUGUGUCUUUUUGGUCAUCCCUCAUCGUCAUUAUAUUAUUAGUUUCCCUUUGUAUUCAGUUUACAGGUUCCGAUCUUGUAUUUGCUGGUUUUAGUGAUGGGUUGGGUUGUUGCUAUCCGCUAGCAAUGCUGUUUCUAGGCUCUAGUUUUGCUCUCUUGUGUUCUCCUGUUUGUUUUGUUGUGUUCCGAGUGAAAGUAUUUUUGUUCACACUUAUCUCUGUUUCCUAACUCCCUCUGUCUCUGUAUUUGGAUUCAGCCCAAUGAUAAAUGUAUGCUUUUGAGAGACACCUAAGAGUUGUAUAAUUGGCUGUUCUUAGAUUAUAAUUAUUUUAUUACAAUUUAGUAUUGAGUUCAAGUAGGUUGUGCUGUAUUUGUGCAAAAUGAAUUCUGAAAAAAUAUUUGUUUCCUCUAUCUCUGUGAAUACAUA